UAGAUAUCUUUCAGAGCUCUUUUCCUUUUUGCUCAGACCUUUUGUCAGCUUUUACAUUUCUGCAGCCUUUUCAGACUCAGGAAAUCUGUUUGGUUUCUUUCCUCUUUUUAUUCUCUUCUAUCUCAAAGUGUUUCUGGACGUAGGCUUUGUUUGUUUUUAAGCUUUGCUAAAUAAAAGGUUGAUGAUUCUCUGGACCUGAUCCUUUCAUCCCCUCAUCCAAGGCUUCCUUCACAACAUUUCAGCAGAAGACAUCAUGGGAAACCGCCAGUGCACCGUUGAGAUUGAGAAUAAGUGCUCUGAGUACACCCUGUGUAACCCGAAGGUGUUCACUUAUGGUGGAUCCUAUGAGAAGCCUUUGUCACCAACUCUUGGUCCCUCUGAAUCUUGCAGCGCUCUGUUCAUCAAUACUCCAAACACAACAUAUGGAGCUGUUGGCGUCCUCACCUAUGAGCUGCAGAACAAAUCCACAAAGGAAUCUGAUGGGAAUAUGGCCGUCAUGUACUCUGUUCCUUAUGACUACAACCAGUACUCUAACUUGUACGCAGUGGGAGUCUUUAGUAUGAAUAUAGAGUGUGAUUACAACCUUUAUAACAUGAUGUAUAAUGAGGCAGAGAUAGAUUUUGUCAGACGUAAAGCUAAAGACAGUCUGACUUACAAAGGCAAAGCUGUCACCAUCAGAGCCACCAUGUCCGACAGCUACACAUCUGUCAUCAAGGUGCAGGUGUUUUCACAUUCUUCCAUGAACAAGUAAUCCCAGUUGGCCCACUAGUACGGUCAUUUCACUUUUGUGAGUUUAUCUUUCUGCUGUCUCCUUAGAUACCGUAUUCUGGAACUGACUGUGUGUAAUGACAAUAAAGAUUAAUCUAAUCUACUAAAUAUCUGUGUGAACACAUUUACAAAACAAAUUUUAUACAGCAAAAUAAAAAACUAGAAAAAUUACAUUUCAAGCAGAAAUAGUUGGAUAAAAUUGUCAGCAGCUUUCUGUCUGUAACACGAGCUCAGACUAGGAAUGAGUAUCACUAUAAGGGUACAUGUCUGUUCUGAAUCACUCUGAACAGAAACAACAGGUCUCAGUUUCUGAAAUGGAAAAACAAACUGUGGAACAGUGUGCAAAAUAUUAAAUAAAUACAAAAUAUUUAUUAAAUGAAAACAAAAUAACCCAAAACAACAUAUGUGCAUGUUUGUUGAAAUGGAAAUCUGUCCUUUAGUGAGUCUUCUGAAAUAAAGAGUCCAAUCCAGA